AUGGAAGCGCCUAAAGACAAGUCUGAGCUUAAGACAAUACUUGGCAUGAUAGCUUAUCUAUCUAGAUAUGCCCCAAACUUGUCCGAGAUCAUUCAUCCACUCUUUGAAAUAUUGAAGAAAGAUGUCAUUUUUCACUGGGAUGCUCCACAAGUUCAAGCAUUUCAGAAAGUCAAAGACAUACUUACUGAGUGUCCAGGCCCAGUGUUAUCUUAUUUUGAUCCAAAUAAGGCAGUAGUACUUCAGUCUGACAGUUCUCAGCAUGGCUGUGCUUCUACUUUAAUGCAAGAUGGAAAACCUAUAGCCUUUGCAAGCAAAUCCUUGACCAACUCAGAAAGGUCAUGGGCCAUGAUUGAGAAAGAACUUCUUGCCAUAGUAUUUGGCAUGACAAAGUUCAGACAAUAUAUUUACGAUCAAAAACUUAGUGAAGUAAGGUCAAAAACUGAGUCAGAUCCAACACUCAUGACCUUGAAACAAAUCAUUCUUCAAGGCUGGCCUGAAAAACGCAAAGAUUGCAAUUCUCAAGUUCUAGAAUACUGGAAUUAUAGAGAUGAACUCACUGUUGUAGAUAAUAUCAUCUACAAAGGUCAAAGAUUGAUUAUUCCUAAGUGUCUAAGAUCUGAAAUGUUAAAUUUGCUACAUAAAGGUCACCCAGGUCAGGAACGUAGCUUCCGCAGGGCACAAAUGUUUAUGUUUUGGCCUAACAUUAGCAAAGACAUAGUGCAGAAAGUGCAACAGUGUUCUGUAUGUGCAGAGCAUCAAAGGUCAAAUUCAAAGGAACCCUUGGUUUCACAUGAAAUCCCUAAGUACCCAUGGCAGGUAAUAGGUACUGAUGUAUUUACAUUAGAUAACCAAGACUACUUGUUAGUAUGCGACUACAUGAGCAACUAUUUUGAAGUUGACAUGAUUAAAAAUACAAACAGUGGCACUAUCAUUAAGUUAAUGAGAACAUGGUUUUCAAAACAUGGUAUUCCCCAGAAAAUAGUUUCAGAUGGUGCUAGUUAUUACACAUCACAAGAAUUUAAAGAAUUCACAACUAAAUGGGACAUAAAGCAUGUAAAGUCAUCACCUCAAUAUCCCCAAAGUAAUGGCCUUAGUGAAUCAUGCGUGAAGAAAGUAAAAACAUUGCUUAAAAAAUGCAAGCAAGAUGGGACAGACCCUUUGAUAGCAAUUUUAGAAUUACGUGCUACCCCGCUAAGCAUAGGUUAUUCUCCCACUGAAAUCGUAAUGGGAAGGAAAAUAAGGACAUUUAUACCUAUGUCUGAAAAGAACUUAACACCCAAAACAACAGAUUUAAAGAGAAUAAGGUCACUUCUUGAAAAACAAAAGUGCAUUCAAAAGAAAAAUUAUGAUAAACAUUCAAGGCCCCUUAAACCAUUUAACAUAGGAGAAAAUGUUAGAAUUCAGCAGGGAAAAUCUUGGAAUCUCGCUGUCAUUCAAGAAAAAUUAGACAAUCGCUCCUAUUCCGUAGAAACACCUGAUGGUGGUCAAUAUAUCAGAAACAGGCAACAUCUAAUGAAGGAUUAUACCUGCCAAGAUAAUUACCCUCCAUUAAACACUGAUAACAAUCAAAUUACACAGGCCAUUUGUAGUAAUCAAGACACAGCAGAUUCCCAUGAUAAACUUUCACACCAGUUAACCUCACAGCAUGCCAGUGUCAAGAGUGAUAAUCUGACCUUAAAUCACUCAAAGUCGCCUGCAUCAACAAAUACUCUCAAACUGCCAAACAUUUAUCCAGAAGCUUAUGUAACUCGUUCUGGGAGGCAGGUUAAACCAAAGAUAAUUCAGUCGGUGUAA